AGUAGUAAAGAUUGAUCACCUACAGCAGAGUGGAGAAUAAGCGGAACCAUUGUCGGGGCCGAGCCCUUUCCGCGGUGGCACCGUGAGCUUGUGCUGGGUGUCGUGGUCGCCAUGGUUGCAGAGUGGGCCUAGGCCGCCAGCAGUCGGGUAAGAGGGCAGCAACGCCCAGUCAACGUUAUAUUUUCAUAAACAUAUAUGUUCAUAAACGAAAAAACACAUAGCCCUAAGCUUUGAUGAAAAUAGAGGUAGUUUAACAGCAUACUAGAGCCCAUCUGUUUUGUUUAGCUAUUAAAUAAGCGGGAGCAACAGAAGUUACGAGUGGAGUUUCCAGAAUGUCUAAUUGGCAAGGACGGAACACACCUAAUACAAGAAAAUCAGCACAAUCUGAAGCUAGCAGAUCUCAGUAUAAUGAAGAAGAGACUUUUUACAGAAACUGUAGAGCAGCUUACCUGGCUGUAUUUGGUACCAGUUUGGAGAGUAUCACUUCCAAAGAUCAACUCUGCCUGGCUCUCCAGCAAGCUGGAAGGAAUCCUACCAAAAGGACACUUGGAAAAUACUGGACUCAGCAUACCAAGAAGUUAAAUUUUGAUGACUUUUGUGAGAUCCUGAAAAAAGAGAAACCCAUAGACAAAAAUGAAUUGAUGAAAGCCUUCAGGAAAAUGGAUUUAAAUAAUGAUGGCUUCAUUACACAGGAAGAACUUUACAAAGUACUCACCACUAAAGGUGAGAGAAUGACACGUGAAGAAGUGAAAAUGAUUAUGGAUGAAGCUGAUAGUAAUAAUGAUGGAAAAUUGGACUAUAAUGAGGAACACUAUGUUACACUUCAGUUUUGUAGGUUAUUUCUGAUGACAAUUGAAAAAAGUCAGAAGAACGCAGUCGCAAGAUUAGAUGCUGAUGCCAAGAUGAAACAACAACAGUUUGGAAGUUUGACUUCACUUGAAUGUUUAUCCUUGCCUUCAACAAAAUCACUGGUGGAAUAUUCUCAAAAUCCAGAGACUGAAACAAUUCCCAGAAAAGGUGAUUCCAGAUUUUCAUCAAAACCUUCAACUCCUCGAAGUCAUAGGACCUCUGUUUCUUCAGUCAUUAAUAUGGGAGCUACCAUUACAAAGAAUCUUAAAUUGUCAGAACCCAAAGCGAUAAAGAACUGGCAACAUGUAUGGUCAAAAGGAUGCUUUUUCCUGGAAGAUGACGGUGGAAUUGUUGCUCAUCGGUAUAGACUGGAAUUGCAGCAAACAACUAAUAUUUUUCUUACCAUCACACCAUUAAACCUCAGCCAAACUGAAGAAAAAUUAUCACCCUGGAUGAAUGUGGAUACUGCACUAUAUGUUGUGAGGAACGUUGGUGAUCCUGAAGCUGUGGAAGUUGUGUGUGUCACAGAAUUACGGGAAAAGGAGAGAUUUGGAUGGAAGGGAGAGCUUCGUUCAGGAGUUUAUCAUCUCAUCCCAUUCACUACUGGCUGCAGAUUAAAGAAGAGGAAUAAAUCAAUGAUUCGAGAGGCCAAGCUGGUCUACAGGGAAAAUGGUGACUUAAUGCUCACCAAGGAAUUCAGGGCUGCUCUGUCAGACAUCUUUGAAGUCAUUGAUUUAGAUGGCAAUGGCCUUUUGAGCUUUGAAGAGUACAACUUCUUUGAGUUGAGAACCAGUGGAGAGAAAUGUGACAGUGAGGCCUGGGCUAUGUGCCGAGAAAACUUUGACACGAAGAAGAACCAACUAACCCGCCAGGGUUUCAUGGAAUUGAACUUGAUGGAAGCUAAUGAUCAGGAAGGUGAUCCAGCAGAUCUCUGGGUAACACUUGAAUCAAUGGGUUACAAUAGAGCAUUGGAAAUGCAAGAGGUUUGCCCAUUUAUUGUUGAUAUCUAUGCAGAGGAUUGCAAACUUAAGCUGACACCAAUCGGUCUGGAAUCGACUGGAAGUCUCCUCGAUUCAGUUAUUUGCAAAACUGUCAUGAGAAAAGGUGAACCAAAAGCUAUUAAAGGUUACAACCCUUUAGUGAUUUACACUUACAAGACUGAAACACUGAUCACUUCAGUUAUUGAAAAUAAGUCUGAAAACAAAGUCAUCAUUCAUAUCAAUAAUGAGAAUAGUAAGAACUGUGUCAGUAGUCGGGGACUUCGUACUUUUGCAAUGGAAGUAUCACCAAGGACAACUAUGGUUUGUCAACAUGUGAUGCCCAUUGAUGAAAGGCUAGAGUGGAUUUACAGCUGCACAGAAAGCAUUGUGACCUGAAACAAUGUGCAGGAAAAGAGCUGCAUUAUAGAGCUGCAUUAGAACGCAUCUGUGUGCCAAUGUUCUUUUAUGCAAAGUGUUCAAGUCAAAUUGUCGCUAUUUUGUGCCUUUUAAUGCAUUUUUAAUUGAUCUAAUUUAUUUGCUGGCUAAAUGUUUUUUAUAAUCUAGUUCUAUGGAAUAUCCAUUUAUAAGUGAAGGGGAAUUAAUGAUGUUGAUUUGUGAAAUCAUGCUGUGCAAGAAAUACUUUUUUUAGGGAAGCUAUGAGAAAUCACUGCAUAUGAUAUAGUGUUUUCAUUAUGUGUGUUUGUGAGAGCUAUCUUAAUUACAGAAGCACAAGACCUACAAAAAUGAAUUAGAACUAAGUAGCCGAAAAGCAUAGGCAUUGGAGAGCGACAUUGGAGCAUAACUCGCAACCAGAUGGUCUCCCAGCCGUCCAUCAAUCCAGCCCAUCUGCUACUGCUAAAAUAUAUUUUAUCGGGAUUGUGUCCAGGCCACCAGAUGCAGUAUCUCGUGUUUGCAAAGCACUUGUCAUACCAAAACUGAAACUAAUAUUCCAUUAUGUCACACAACAUGCCUUCUUCUAAGGUGCAAAUGGAUGAGGCAGUGCCAUAUUUAAAAAGAAACAUUUGGACAGGUACAUGAAUAUGAAAGGUUUAGAGGUGUCAUGAAUAAAAAAGGUUUUGGAGAGAUAUGGGCCAAACACAGGCAAAUGGACUAGCUUAGAUGAGGCAUCUUGGUUGGCAAGGAAGAGUUGGGCCUUUUUCCCCAGCUAUAUAACUCUAUGUAAUCAUGGCAGCCUGAUAUAAAACGGCCCAAGUUCAAUCUUGUCUCUGUGUGGAUCCUCUAGUUCUCUGAUUUCCUUCCACCUUCCAAAGAUACGUGGGUUGAUAGGUAAAUUUCCCUCAAUGUGCAGGUGAGAGGUAGAGUCUGGGUGAAGUUGAUGGAGAAUGUGGGGUGAAUAAAAUGGGGUUAAUGUAGAAUUCAUGUAAAUGAAUGGGUGGCACAACAGUAGCGUUGCUGCCUCAGUGCCAGAGACAUGGGUUCAAUCUUGACUAUGGGUUCUGUCUGUACAGAAUUUGAAUACGUUCUCCCUGUGACCGCGUAGGUUUUCUCCGGGUGCACCGGUUU